AAAAAGAAGGGACCACGCUGAUCCGGAACAAGUGUCCAGGAGCUCUGCUCUCGAUGCCACAUGAAGCUGCCCCUCAGCCCCAGCAUGGAGCCAGUGGCCACGGAGCCCUCGGAGAUGGCUUUGCUCAGCAGCAUCCUGGCGGCCUAUUCCUAUAUCUCAGAAAACCCUGAGCGAGCCGCUCUGUACUUUGUCUCCGGCGUGUGCAUCGGCCUGUUCCUGACCUUGGCUGCCUUGGUGAUGAGGAUCUCCUGCCACACAGACUGCCAGAGGGGUCCCCGGAGGAGGAGGUGCUUGCAAGACCAUGAGAGCAGUAGCGACAGCAGCGACAGCGAGGAUGGCAGUGAGGAGGAUACUGCAUCGGACCUGUCGGUGCGCAGGCACCGCCGCUUCGAGAGGACUUUGAACAAGAACGUGUUCACCUCCGCAGAGGAGCUGGAGCGUGCGCAGAGGCUGGAGGAGCGGGAACGCAUCAUCAGGGAGAUCUGGAUGAACGGGCAGCCCGAGGUGCCUGGCACCAGGAGCCUGAACCGGUACUAUUAGGGCUCGGUGUGGACCCCAGAACCUCCUC